AUGCCACCUCUCAUCACCCUUUCAAACAAUACCUCUCAACUCAUGAAACAACCUCUCCUUCUCACCAUCAUUUACAUCUUUCUAUGGGCAGAACCUUUUUUCAAUGAACUGUUUUUAGGAUCUUUCAUGUAUUUGAUUCCCACAAGUCCAUUCUUUCUCAGUUUUUUCACACGAGGAAUCUUACCUCCUAAUUUGACCUUGGCUCUCAUUCAACAAUUGUUCACCUCGUAUCCAUGUGAUGUGAAUAUUCACUUUUUAAUGAGAUUUAUCGGAAUGAUGUUGAUCGCUUUUGGCUUUAUGCAUGUGAUGCUUUUUGUGACUUGUACAGUAUUGGCAAAGAAAGAACAAAAGACCUUGGUUCAGUUGGGUCUCUUUCAAUUGAGCAUCUUGUUGUUGUUGGUUGGUGAUUGUUUGCAUAUUGGUUCAGUCUUGAUGGAAAAGGGUUCACUCGAAACCAAGAUGGUCUCUCAAGUGAUUGUUUCAGUGAUUAGUGCUGCAUUGAGAUUCUUGUAUUUGGUUGUGUAUGUCUUGCCAGAGCGAUUGAAACAAGAUAGAAGUAAGACCAAUUAA